UAAACUACUCCGUGUCUAAUCCCUUCUUCCCCGCAGCUACGCUUUCCUUCGUCAAAGGGCACGGCACGGACAAGGAAACCACCAACCGCAAAUCGCACGCCAAAGGGGAAAGGAGGCAUCCAUCGCCGUCGCGGAGCGAAUCGACCGAGCGGCCGGCGACGCGACGCGACGCGGCCGAACCGGACGCCCGGCCCAUCGAUCGACCCCCGAGGAGCCGAUCGGGUCCAUCUCCCUGCCGGCGAUGGCGUCGUCCGCGGAUCCGUGGGUGCGGGAGCACGGCGAGGCGGCGCGCCUGGCCGACGACGUCGCCUCCAUGGUCGCCGACCGGGCCGCGCUCCCGCAGUCCGGCCCGGAGGCCAUGCGCCACACCUCCGCCAUCCGCCGCAAGAUCACCAUCCUCGGGACCAGGCUGGACACCCUCGAGGGGAUGCUCGCCAGGCUUCCCCCCAAAUCCAUCACCGACAAGGAGCUGCAUAAGCGCCGAGACAUGCUUUCUAAUUUGAAAUCUAGAGCAAAACAGAUGGCGGAAAGUUUCAACAUGUCAACCUUCGCCAACAGGGAGGAUUUGCUUGGUCAGAGUAAGAAAGCUGCUGAUGACAUGAGCAGAGUCGCUGGGUUGGAUAACCAAGGGAUUGUUGGCCUUCAGAGGCAAAUCAUGAAAGAACAAGAUGAGGGCCUUGAGAAGCUGGAGCAGACAGUGCUGAGCGCAAAACACGUCGCGCUGGCAGUCAAUGAGGAGCUUGACCUACAUGCAAGACUGAUUGAUGACCUAGACGACCAUGUGGAUGGUACAAACUCGCGCCUCCAGCGUGUGCAAAAGAGGCUUGCGGUCCUGAACAAGCGCGCCAAGGGCGGCUGCUCCUGCAUGUCCCUGCUGCUGUCCACCGUCGGUAUAGUGAUGCUUGUGGUUAUUGUCUGGCUCCUCAUCAAGUAUCUGUAACCUCUGCCCAACUCAAAGCAGUUUCGUCUGUGCAGUCUUUCAAAGAUAUUAUGGUUACUUCCGCUUCGCCGUCGUUUUGGCGAGAAAUGGAAAAUAUGUAUGCCACAUGUGCCCCUUAAUGGGUUGAAAUGUGAAGUUCAGACUUUUGUA